GUUCGAAUGUCAAAGAAUAUCAGUCAAUUUAUUUCCUUUCCGACUCCAAUAUUAUUAGACGUUUCCAUAAUUUUCAAUAAAAUCUCUGUAUUUUUUUCCGAUUGAAUAUUUUUCCGGCUAAAUUUAUAAUCGCCUUUUUAUUUUUUUAAUCAAAUAACACAUAAAAUGUCGUCCACAUCUGCCGCAGACGAGAUUGAUGAAGCGAAAGAGCGGGCCCAUUUCCGCACGGUUGUAAAUGCAUUUAAAUAUUACAAACUAUGUAGCCUGGAUCGUAUUCAUAAAUCGGAGAAAAUCAUCUCAAUGCUACCACCAAACCAUCAGCGCCGCCUAGAGAAGUACAAAACCUAUCUAACCAAAUUCAAAAAGUGUCUAGAUGUCAACAGUAGUGUGGUACACAUGAUAAUAACGGAUGUACAUAACAUGUUUGAGAAUGUCGACCCCACUGACAAGUCUACGAACGGGACAGAGUGCUUCGGAUGCGAUUAUAACAACUGCGAGGAUGUGUCUCAGAAACAGCAUAAGAUGCAGCAUGAUGUUGAGAAGGUACAAUCAGUAUUGAAGAACAUAGUGAGGGAUUGGAGCGACAUGGGCGCGGCUGAGAGGGAGCAGUGCUACAAGCCCAUACUCGAUGAAAUCGAAGAACGGUUCCCUCUCGACGAAUGCGAAGACCGUAGUCACAUCAAAGUGCUUGUUCCUGGUGCUGGUUUGGGAAGGUUGGCUUGGGAGGUGGCCGCUCGAGGGUUCACCUGCCAAGGAAACGAGUUCUCACUCUUCAUGCUGUUUGCCAGUAACUUCAUACUCAACAGAUGUCCCCAGGUAAACAAACACACAGUCCACCCUUGGGUCCAUCAAUACGUGAACAACGUGACCUGCGAGCAUCAGCUGCUCGCGGCCAGGUUUCCCGACGUCAGCCCCACCGGUGACCGGCCCAAUCACAAUUUCUCCAUGACAGCCGGUGACUUCCUCAAGGUAUAUUUGGAUGCUGACGAAUGGCACUGCGUGGCGACCUGCUUCUUUAUAGACUGUGCACCAAACGUAAUAGAGUUCAUAGAGAGAAUAUACACCAUACUGGAGCCGGGGGGCUACUGGGUCAACUUGGGACCGCUGUUAUAUCAUUACAGUGACACACCGACUGAAAACAGCAUCGAGCCGCCAUAUGACAUUCUAUUAGAGAUAAUAAGGGACAUCGGAUUUGAUAUAUUGAAAGAACAGACAGGCGUUAAAACGAAGUACGCCCAAAAUCCCAACUCUAUGAUGCAACACGAGUACGAUUCAGUGUUCUUCGUGUGUAGGAAGCCUUAUUGCAUAUAAACUGUAUGUAUUAUAUUAAAAAAAAAAAAAAUAUUAUAAAAGUCAUAAUCCUGCUUUCAAGGAUUCUAAAUGUUAUUUUUUGGUACUCAGCAGCGUAAUGUAAAGUUUUAUACACUAUAACACGUUACAUUUAAAUAUACAGUCUGUGAACAAAAAGGUGUAACAAGUCGAUAUCCAGUACACGUUCGAGCGUGGCGCCCUCUAGUGUCGGCAGUUUUAAUCCGCCGUCGUUAUAUCGUGACACGUGAAUGUAUAAAUAUUGUUGUUCUUUUUUUUUUUUAAUUUCCUGCUUUAUACAAACUGAAAUACAAAUUAUUAGAGUAAAUGGUCAAAAAAAAAAAUUUGAAACUUAUUUUAAAAAACAAUUUAAAAUUUGAACUAACAUCGAGUUAAUGGAAUAAGGCUUAACAUUUAUGUGUCGUUUCUCGUCCCAUGUUGAUGAAAAUAUUUAGUUUUGCCAAUUUAUAAUGGCAAACACAAGUUUAUUUGAACCAUUUUGGUCGCAUAAUUCCUAAUUAGGUACAAACCUAAUGGUUACAAAAUAUUAGGUAAAAAUUUUUUUAGGCACGUGAAUUCUGUAUUUGGAUUUCGACUUGGUAUAUCUAUCCUUUAAACUCUUGUAGAGUUAUUAGAGUAUGAUACCACAGUACUUUGUCAGUUAACUGUUCAAGGAAUUUCCAUAAGGAACAGAGAGAGGGCCUACCAUGAAAUGUUUUUCGAAAAUUCAUGCCUGAACAAAAUACAAAUUUGUGUCAAAAUUAUAUGAUACAUAGUGUUGUAAAAUAUUAAAAAUGCUAAAAUAUUAUUCCUUUGGUCUUUUAUAGUUGGAUUUAUGACGAACGAAAUUUUAAGUUUCAUUUACUGGGCCGAUUUCGGUCCGUAUAAAAACACUAAAUUGAGUCCGAAAUUUCGGUAUUUCAUUUCAUGGUAGACCCUAAGUUUUCAAUUAGUCUGUUUUUAACCAACUUUAAAAAAGAAGGUGUUUCUCAAUUUAGUCGUAUUUUUUGUUUGUAACCUCAGAACUUUGUAAUUUUGUUCGGUUUACAAAAUUGGAAAAUUCUUUUUGUAUUAUCUGAAAGGAUACACUUUCAGAUUGGUGCCGUUGAAAUUUUAACAAAAUCGGUCCAGCAGCUUGGUUUUUAAAUUGAAAUUUAUGCUGAAUUAAUUUUGCCACAAUUGAAGACGUUGUUUUUUUUUUGUGAAGCAAAAUUUUAAAUUAUGUAUGAAAAAAAAAGGAAUUAUCGACAAAGUACUGAAGUGUUAAUAUUACAUGAGACUAGCAUGUUAAUUUGUAAUUGUGCUGGGGCCAUAUUUAAGUUACAUAUUUGUCACGAUGCCAACGUCUGGCAGGAUCUGCUUCGUCCUCACUUAUCAUCCGUUACUGGUGCCCCGCCAGAGUAUACCGAUAGCAUAUGGGUGAUAGCUGAGAGUGAAGAGACAGGUUAGUUAAUCGUGAUGUUAUUUAUCAAUUGGAUGGAAUGCAGCACGAGGGGGACCUCAUUGGAGGUAAACCUCAUUCUGCAUUAUUAACAAUCCCCCCCCCCCCUACAUGCGGGUUUUUUUAAUGGGUGACUAUGGAAUGGUCAUCCCGCCUAACGGAAUACGCUGGCGGGGCACCAGUAAGGGAUGAUAGGUGACGAUGAAAGCAGGUCAGUUAGCCUAUCAUAACGAAUUCCGCUAGAAUUAACCACGAUGGUUUCCAGGGGAAACCACGUGAAGGUCGACUUGGUAGGGUGUAUUGAUAGCAAUGGGUCAGUUAGAUCCCAUUACUAAUAAUCCCUUUCCCCCCGCUCCAGAGGAAUACCAUUCCAUUAUAACCAUAAAAACAAAAUGCCUCAAAUAUGGCCCCAGCGUACAACCAUUGUAUUACAAAAGUAAGGAACAAGGACGAAGUAGCUAAACGUAAUAAAUACAUAAUGUGAAUCGAUUAAAUUUGAACUGUAUUUUCAAGUAUUUUAGUCAGUAUUUUGUAUAGCAUAAUAUUAUAGGAAGUAACAAUAAUGUCGUAUCUCAUUAGGUAAUGAAAGUAUGUAAGUACAAUUGGAAAGAUUCUAAAAUGUAAUGUAAAAAUUUAGUUCUUGGAAGUGGCAACACGUGCAUACUUCCCAUUAGGCAUGAGUAGUAUAGAUACCGAUCCGAUAUCUAUAUAGUUAAUCUAUAAAGUUUUUUUUUUAUACCACUGAGGUGGCAAACAUGCAUACGGCCCACCUGAUGGUAAGCGGUUACCGUAGCCUAUGAACGCCUGCAAUACCAGAGGUCUUACGCGUGCGUUGCAGACCCUGAAGAAACCUCUUUACCACCCCUUUUGAAGAACCCCAUGCUGUAGUCUCUUGGGAAAACCGCGGCAGGGAGCUCAUUGCACAACUUGAGUGUUCGUGGAAGGAAACAUCUCUGAAACCGCGCAGUACGCGACCAUUGAGGCUGUAGGACAUGAGGAUGAACUCCCUGUCGAUGGCGAUCCAGGUGGAUCAAACAUUUCGAUAUCGCCCACAUCGGCCGGAUAUUUAUUUAUUUAACUCUUUAUUGCAUCAAAAACAUAGAAAUAAACAAUGACAUAUAAACAGUUCAACUGAAAUACAGUAGCGUGAAGUACAGAUUAAAAUAUACAUAUAAAGGUACAAAAGGCGGUCUUAUCGCUAGGGCAAUCUCUUACAGCCAACCUUUGGUUAAAGGAGAACAUAUAGAAGUGGGCAGGUGGCGCAAGAGUGAAUCUAAGAGUAAUCUAUUUUCGAAUAUGUUAAAAGUCUGUUAUCCAAUAUUAUUUUUUGCAUAACAGACUUUUGACAUUGUAUUUAAAUUAUUUUAACAUUAUAUUGUCACCGAAAUAUAUAGAUAUUGCUAUAUGUUAUCCCAUUCGUGUUUCAACCGUGAAGCAGUUGUGUUUGCAUGGCUGUGUUUCGGUUUGAAGGGUGGGGUAUGGCGUGAAUUUACAGGGUACAGAGGAAUAACACCUUAGUCCUCAGGAAUGGCAACGCAUGGGGGGUAUCAUGGGCGAAACAGUAUGUGUGUGUACUGUUAUGUCCAUGGUACUGCUCAUGUCUAUAGGCGAUGGUUACCACUUUCCAUCAGGUGGGCCGUCGUCAGCUUGUUUGCCAUUCUAAGUUGUAUAAAAAAAAAUCUGCUACUUUCCAUCGAGUGUACCGUCAGCUUAUUUACCAUUCCAAAUAGAGAAGUGAUGUCACUAAUAAUACCUCACUUGGAUAUAAGAGUUAUACUAAAAUUGACAAUCUGAAUUGGGGAUAAUCAUUUAAGAUGACAAGAAACCGUUUUAAGUCAACCUUGUUGAUUAUUUAGUGAUUUUUAGGUUACUAGAAUUCUAUACAAUAUUUCGUUUCGAAAUACACUAUCGGGACUUAAAGCGACGAAAAAUCUUUAUAGGUAAAUAGUACUUUCAUAUUUGCUUGUUAAUUGUCGACGUUUCGACGUGGAUUGCACUACGUCGUAAUUACUAAGUACUAUUUGACUGUAAAAAUUUUUCUUGGCGUUAACUCCCAAGAGUGUAUUUAAAAUAUGUGUAAACAACGUGAAAGUUUAAAACUAUGUUUCGUUUCAUUCCGCCAUUUUAUAUAUAAUGGCGGAUUGAAACAAAAAUAAAAAUGGCGGAAAUCAAACAAACUAGCCUCUCUAGACAGCUUUAUUUUUUGUCUGUUGUACACAUAAAAAUAAUGGCGAAAAAACGAACAAUUUGCCCAUUAUUUACAUUUAAAUAUAUCCGCCAUGAUAAUUAAAAAAUAGCGGUUAAAUACAAAAGCUUAUGUCAUAAUUUAUUAUAUUCAAAUAAUGGCGGAAUAUAACAAUUGUUUAUUUAUACAAGGUUUUUAGUAAAUUUGACAAUUUUGAGUGUAUCGAUCAAUCUUAGUCACUAAUAAUAAAUGAAGUGCCUUAUUUUUGUAAUACAUCCAACAAUAUUAAAUGAUAGACCAUAGAUAAUAGAUAAAAAAAAAAAAGAUACUGCAACUAUCUUAUUCUAAAUUCGAAAAGUAAUUGCGUCAAAUUUUUUAACGACUUCAAAAGAAACGGAUGUUCCCAAUUUAUCUGUGUUUUUGUUUAGAAUCGACUUCGUUGUUUACUACUGUUAUUCUAUAAUAAUUUUGUAAGGAUAGAAUUUGCAUAGGAUCAAUAUACGUUAUUCUGCUUAUUUCGACAGUCGGUUAAAUGGCGGGAAAAACAGAUAGUGACAGUAUCUCUCUGUAUUUAUAUCUGUUUUUGUGCUCUGUCGUAUGCUGAACAAAUAGUCUUAUAAAUUGAUGCAAAUUCUAAAAGCAUUAGUGUUUCUUUCUAGCGUGAAGCAGUUGUGUUUGCAUGGCUGUGUUUCGGUUUGAAGGGUGGGAUAUGGCAGUGAAUUUACACGGUACAGAUGAAUAACACCCGAGUCCUCAGGAAUGGCAACGCAUGGGGGGUAUCAUGUGCAAAACAGUAUACUCUGUUAUGUCCAUGGUACUGCUCAUGUCUAUAGGCGACGGUUACCAUUUACCAUCAGGUGGACCGUCAGCUUGCUUGCCAUUCUAAGUUGCACAAAGACAUAUAGAUACAUUUGAAGAUGCUGUGUUCUUUUUUUAAUUUAUUUGUUUUUUAAUUAUCUAUGAUAGUAAUGUUUGGUAGAAUUUGCAUCAUAUAUAUAGAUAUAUACACUUUGUUUGUUUGUUUGUUGUUACAAUUAGUGUUAUAAUUUUUAAUCGCUAAAGCGAACAACCGACUGAAGGUAUGUUUAGUUCUUGUUACCCUAUUGUGACAGUAAACAUUAGUGAUGUGUUAGUAUUGUAUUUAGUGUAAGCUGUAUUUUGUUGGCAACACUAACCCUAUUCUGACGAAUGUGUACCGCCGAAAUUAAAAAAAAAAAUCUUAGUUAUUUUUUAAUAACAGUGACCUGCAAUUAUUGGUUAAAAACAUUUUGAUCGUUGGCUUUGUUUUUUUUUUUAUUUAAAUAGAAUUUUGUUCUAUCUAGCUGUCAUAGACAACCUGUCAAAAAGUGGGCUAACUUGUUGUUGCUCAUAGAGAUACAAAUAAACAUUAUAAAAAAUUGGAUAAUGUAUUUAUUUAUUUUUUUUUUACUUAAAAAAAUAGUAUUUAAAGUGAUUUUUCCAAAAAUCUUAUCUUUUUGAAUAAAGAAUUUAAUAUUAUUAGUUAAAUAAUAAUUUGCUAUAACUGGAACAGUUUGAUUUUUUUUUUAAUUAUCUAUUGCAAAAUAUAUGUAACUUAAAAGUGCAAUAAAGAAUAUAUACAUAUACAUAAAUAUACAAUAGGCACAUAGGGGGACUUAUUUCAAACAGAGAUAUCUUCCAUUCAGUGUUGCCAGAAUCUUUCUUUCAAAUGCAAGUUUUUUCCACUAGGAGAGAAGACAUAGAGAAAUUUAAAAAAAUAUAGUAUUUUUUUCUACAUUUUAUGGUCGUUUAAUAAAAUGUGGGUUUCUUUUUACGUUUAUGAAAGUUUUUUUUUUGGAGAAAAAAAGUAAAUAAAUUAUCCAUUUUUUUUUAUUUCGGCGCUACGUCAUUCGUUCUAGAUUAUAUGUUUACGAUGUAUAUUUAAUAUUUUUUGUUAUAUUAAUUCAGGUGUUUGUUUCACAACAUGUACUAGACUGUUUAUUGAAAAAUAUAAUUGGUUCCGUAUAUAUUGGGAUAACAUGGACAUAUAUAUAUAUAUAUAUAUAUAUAUAUAUAUAUAUAUAUAUAUAUAUAUAUAUAUAUAUAUAUAUAUAUAUGAAGUUAGAUUAAUGGGUGUUGUAGAUAACGUUAGCGUUCUUCGAAGGAAAUGUUUAAAAGGCUAAACUGACCCAAAGGAGUUCCUGUAACACUGCGACCGUUCCAUGAUCUUUUAUGUUCGACAUAACGUUAUGGCAAUAGCAGUGAACGAAUUGGACAUAAAUAAUAUAGAUAUAAUGUUUCUACCGUGAAGCAGUUGUGUUUGCAUGGCUGUGUUUCGGUUUGAAGGGUGGGAUAUGGCAGUGAAUUUACAGGGUACAGAGGAAUAACACCUGAGUCCUCAGGAAUGGCAACGCAUGGGGGGUAUCAUGGGCGAAACAGUAUAUGUACUCUGUUAUGUCCAUGGUACCGCUCAUGUCUAUAGGCGACGGUUACCACUUUCCAUCAGGUGGGCCGUCAGCUUGUUUGCCAUUCUAAGUUGUAUAAAAAAAAAUAUAGAAAAAAAUGCCCUUUGGAGAUGUCAACUUUACUGAAGACUCGAAACUAAAAAAAUUUAACCGAAAUUAGUAAUCGCAUUUUCUGAAUGUCACCCAUUGCUAUCACUCACCCUUGCAAAGAAUGCUUAAAAUUUCGAUAUCACCUGUAUGUAGACAUUGAUUAUGAUUGUUAUUGUGUAUUAUUAUUAAAACAUCCUGUAUUCUAUAUGUGAAAGUAUGUAAAGAUGCUGUAUUUGUGUAAAAUUUUGUACACAGACCAUGUUCCGUGUUUUAAUGUAAUAAUUUCGGGUUUAAUUUGCUUCUUAAAUUGGUCGAGUGAGCUCGACUAGUUUCGGGACCACUCCGGACCCUUAAUCUUGAGCGGCUGUGAUGAUUUCUUAACCAAAUUACGAGUAAGUUGAACUGGUAGUUGUUACAUUAAAAUAUACUGUGUACUUAGUCCAACUUCGCACGGACAAAACCGAGGGAUAUGGCUUUGUGUGUAAUGAUUAUCUGUUAUUUGGGCAAGCGUAUUUGAAUUGAAAAUGAUAACAGAGGGUGAAUCUACCGCCUGACGGUCUAGUUAGAUUUUUUUUAAGUGUUUUACAUCACCGGAGAGUUAGUUGGAGAUUUAAAUUUACAAAGUUAAUUAUUUUAGUUAGUUUAACAAAACCAAGGUCUCACAAUUAAGUAUUAAUAUUAGAUUAGUGUAUUGAAUUACCACAAAUUGUGUGUGCAUAUUAAUUCAACAGCCUAAAUCCUCGUUUAUGGAGAAGCAGAUAGUUUUUUUUUUAAGAAAUGGUAACCCCGCCUACGCUAACUGUAUACGCUGGCACGACGCCAGUGAGGCAUGAUAAGUGAGAAUCAAAAGGCAGGUCAGUUAGCCUAUCGUGAUGGAUACACCUGGAUUUCAGCACGAUGGUUUCCGGGCUCACGUGAAUGUCGACCUUUUUUUUUAUACCACUGAGGUGGCAAACAAGCAUGCGGCCCA